AUGAGACAGCUUGUCUCUGCACCCCGGCUUUUCCGAACAGUCGUUAAUAAGGCUGCGUUCCGGCCGAUACCUCAGACUCAGGGUAACAUACCAGGGAUAAUAGACUCACCCGAGGCGUUCUUGAAGGCCAUUGGUAGGUCUGCAGAGUCCAAAAUUACCGCAGAGACUUGGGCGGACUUGUGGAAGUUGGAUGGCCCUCGGUUGAAGGCUGCUGGUGUAGACGUAAGGGAUAGAAGAUAUCUUUUGUGGUGCAUGGAGAAAUUCCGACAGGGUUGGGAUCCGAAAGACUUCGCUCAUGAACCCAAGCCGAAGAAGAAGAUACGUGGAUGGGGUCCUGUUAUACAGUUUGGGAAACGAAUUCGGUCUCGUCGAGACCGGUAG